AUGUCUUCUUCAAGAGGUCGGGGUCCUAAUCAAAGGAGUCCGCAUGUCUUGGUGACUGACUCUCGAGAACAACAUUCGUCCGCGCAACCCCGUCGCCGCCGUUCCCCAGCUGCCACCCGCUUCAUCACGGUCGAUAACGUCCUCCAAUAUGCCUCCGACAUUCCCUCAAUGCAACAGCGGAACCCACCUGAUGCAGCACGAUUACGACAGCGACCCCGUCUGCCUUCCGCAACAGGCGGUUUGAUCGGCUCGGGCGCAGGCGGCGCAAGUAGAAAUGCCACCAGCAGCGCCAAUGCAUCCAGCACAGCAGCCGCAAUAGGACGUCUAGCGGCUCAAGCGCACCUGCCGCCUCGUACAACAAAAGUUAGUGAGAAGCUUGUGCUACUUCCCGAGGAAGGGGUUGAGCCGCAACCUGAAGAUGAGGACGAGGAAGAAGAGGAGCAAGGGUUGGGUGAUGAGAUAGUGGACGAAGAAUUGGUGCAACGGAUUGCAAGGGACAAGAACAUUGACCCCGACUCUGUGAGACAUACGUUGCUGGCACAGAAGAAGAAGCUCAGGGGCGAUUUCAGUGUCGAUAACGACGUUGCGCCGUUGCUGGCGGAGGAGGACCGGACGCGCAAGAGGGCGAUUGCACCAGAGAGAGCCAAGAGUUAUGCAGAGCGACUGCCGAAGGCCCGUCGUGCUGAGAAAUUGGCUCGUGUCACGGCAUAUUGUACCGCGCAGGCUUACAAGAUGAGUUCUCUUUCAUCAUUCGUGAAGGAUACGCAUGGUGGAAGAACCAAACUUUAUGAUGACUGUCUAUAUACGGCGUAUCAUCUGCCGUUGUUGCCUGGGCACGAGGGUUACAGAGUGCGGAGCAGUCCGUUGGUGAAGAAGCCUGGUGGAAAGUCAUUGUUAGAUGAGGAGAUUGAACGAAACGAGCUGCGAGAUCACGACGAGGAUUAUAUCGAGUCAGAAGAGCACUCUAUCUUGGAGGGUCGACCGGACGAGCACGAAAACCAAGAGCGGAAUGGGCGGCCAAGCUCCAGUAAGGGAACUGCUAAUGAUGGCCACUCGCAAAUAUUGUCCCCCGGCUCCACGCCUGCAAGACUUCCAUACGACGUAGCCGAGAUGUUCGUAUUCAGCUACGGCGUUGUUGUCUUCUGGAACUUCACAGCGAAACAAGAAAGAGAUAUCCUCGCUGACCUGGCAUUCGCAACCUCCUCUGCAACAGGGUCACCAAUAACCCUCGCAACUCUACCGCUACAGGAAGAAGACUUUGAGACUGAAGAAUUCCACUUUGAGUACUCCACCGAAAUCUCCCGUCCGCGCGUCUACAACGAUAUGAUCACUCUCCGAAGUGGCGACCAUAUGAUCAAGCUAGCCAUCAGCCAUGGCAUAGCCCAAAGCACGAAACUAUGCUUCUUUGAGGAAGUCAUGGCCCGUCAGAUGGCGGAGGCAAAGGACGUCCCCCGCCGUCUCGCCAUGACAGGGAAACUAGGUCUAAAACGAGAAGAGGUCUUUCGCAUCCUAGGCAAGCUAUUCAAGAGUCGAGUGGAAGUUAAUCUCUCUUCUAAUGUCCUUGACGUCCCCAACUUCUUCUGGGAAAGCGAACCAACGCUUUACCCACUCUACAUUGCCGUCCGCGAAUACCUCGAAAUCAAGCCUCGUAUCCAGGUUCUCAACGAGCGAUGCCGUGUCUUUCUCGACCUCGCUGAGAUACUUUCAGACAGUAUCGCAGAUAGCAACACUUCCCAUCAAACGUGGAUCAUCAUAGUCCUAAUCGUCAUCUCCAUCCUCGUUACAACAUCCGAAGUCUUCCUUCGAUUCGGCCUCCUCAACUCAGGAAAAGGGACCUCAGCAGCUGGAUUCGGCGCUGCUUUAUUCGGUAAAGUUAUACGGGGCUUUUCCUCCACUACCCGGACGUGUUCUUGUCCGGACGUGAUGGGCUCGAGCUCGAAUUUCUCGGGGUUAGAUGGCUUCUCGUAG